GGCUAGCCGCCAUCUUGCUUCUUUUUCUCGCUUGCUCUCUCCCUCUCGGGAAGCGGCGAAAGUGCUUUGGCGGUUUGUCCAUCCGCAGCUUCGGCUUUCCCAGUCCGGUGGCCCUUCCAGCCACCCCCUACCCCCAACCUCCCCUUCCCCUUUCCUCGAUCAGAGCCCGGCGGAGACUCUCGAAGUGCGCAGACCCACUCCGCUUGACACUCGCCCUGGCCGGUUUGAAGGGGUGUGACAGGAGGGUUUGGACUCGAUGAGUUUCCACCGAAAUGUCGGAGAAGUCAGGCCAGAGCACAAAAGCAAAGGAUGGGAAAAAGUAUGCAACACUCAGUUUAUUUAAUACUUACAAGGGUAAAUCUUUAGAAACUCAGAAAACCACAGUUGCAGCUCGACAUGGAUUACAGAGUCUUGGAAAAGUUGGUAUUUCACGGCGUAUGCCUCCACCUGCUAACCUCCCAAGUCUCAAAGCAGAAAACAAAGGCAAUGACCCUAAUGUGAACAUUGUACCUAAAGAUGGCACUGGAUGGGCAUCCAAACAAGAGCAGCAUGAAGAAGAAAAAACACCAGAAGUUCCACCAGCACAGCCAAAACCUGGGGUUGCAGCUCCCCCAGAAGUAGCACCUGCUCCCAAAUCUUGGGCCAGUAACAAGCAAGGUGGGCAAGGAGAUGGAAUCCAGGUGAAUAGUCAUUUUCAGCAAGAAUUUCCCAGCCUGCAGGCAGCUGGGGAUCAGGAAAAAAAAGAAAAAGAAACAAGUGAUGACAAUUAUGGACCUGGACCCAGUUUACGCCCACCAAAUGUUGCUUGUUGGAGAGAUGGUGGUAAGUCUGCUGGAUCACCUUUGACAUCUGACCAAGAUGAAAAGCUCUCUGGCCAGGAUGAAAGCACGGCUGGAACAUCAGAACAAAAUGAUAUCCUCAAAGUGGUGGAAAAGAGGAUAGCUUGUGGUCCUCCACAGGCUAAACUGAAUGGACAGCAGCCUGCUCUUGCUUCCCAGUACAGAGCUAUGAUGCCUCCUUAUAUGUUUCAACAGUAUCCGAGGAUGGCGUAUCCUCCUCUUCAUGGUCCCAUGAGGUUUCCACCUUCUUUAUCUGAAACAAACAAAAGCCUUCGAGGAAGGGGUCCACCUCCUUCAUGGGCCUCUGAGCCUGAACGCCCCUCCAUCCUUAGUGCUUCAGAACUAAAGGAGCUUGAUAAAUUUGAUAACCUAGAUGCUGAAGCUGAUGAAGGUUGGGCAGGUGCUCAGAUGGAAGUAGAUUAUACAGAACAGCUGAAUUUCAGUGAUGAUGAUGAGCAAGGAAGUAGUAGUCCUAAAGAAAACAGCAGUGAGGAUCAAGGUUCAAAAGCUUCUGAAAACACUGAAAACCGAAAAGAAGCAGAUGAAGCUUGCAACACGAAGUCAUCUUCUCAGAUACCUGCCCAGCCAUCAGUAUCAAAAGGUCCCUAUGGGAAGGGACCUCCAUUUAAUCAGGAACGUGGACCAUCUUCACACCUGCCACCACCUCCAAAAUUGCUUGCACAGCAGCAUCCUCCUCCAGACCGGCAGGCAGUACCUGGAAGACCAGGCCCUUUCCCCCCGAAGCAGCAAGUACCAGAUGAAGAUGAAAUAUGGAAGCAAAGAAGAAGACAGCAGUCAGAACUUUCUGCAGCAGUGGAACGCGCUCGGAAACGGCGUGAAGAGGAAGAGCGAAGAAUGGAAGAACAAAGGAAGGCAGCAUGUGCAGAGAAACUGAAACGAUUGGAUGAAAAGCUUGGCAUUGUGGACAAACAACCCUCUCCAGAGGAGAUUAGAGAAAGGGAGCGAGAAAAAGAACGGGAGCGUGAGAAAGAACUUGAAAGAGAACAAGAACGGGAGCGAGAGAAGGAGAGGGAAAAAGAAAGGGAGAGGCAACAGGAGAAGGAGAAAGAACUGGAGAGAGAGCAGGAAAAACAGAGAGAACUGGAAAAGGAAAGAAAGCAAGAAAAAGAAAAAGAACUAGAACGACAGCAGGAAAAGGAAAAAGAACUGCAAAAGAUCAAGGAACAGGAAAAGGAAUGUGAGUUGGAGAAGAAAGAAAGGGAAAAAGUGGAGGAAAAAAUUGAACACAAAGAACCAACUUUAGAGCCUAUGGUAGAGAAACCAGAAAGUGAAACCAGCUGUAAUAAAGAGGAUGAUGCAGUUUUCACCAGACAAGACAGCAGUCGCAGUGAAAAAGAGACCAUGCAAGUGGCACAUGAAACAGAGCCAGAAUCGGGGGCUCAGCCUCGGCCUGCUGUAUUAUCUGGUUAUUUUAAACAGUUUCAGAAGUCUUUACCACCUCGAUUUCAGAGACAGCAGGAGCAGAUGAAGCAGCAGCAGUGGCAGCAGCAGCAGCAGCAAGGCGUGCUUCCACAGACGGUGCCGUCGCAGCCGUCCGGCGGUGCCGUCCCUCCUCCGCCACACAGACCUCUCUACCAGCCCAUGCAGCCUCACCCUCAGCACUUGGCUUCUAUGGGUUUUGAUCCAAGGUGGCUCAUGAUGCAGUCGUACAUGGAUCCCCGAAUGAUGUCAGGUAGACCUGCUAUGGAUAUUCCACCCAUUCAUCCGGGAAUGAUUCCUCCUAAGCCAUUAAUGAGAAGAGAACAGAUGGAAGGAUCACCAAACAGUUCUGAGUCAUUUGAGCAUAUAGCACGAUCUACAAGAGAUCAUGCAGUUUCCCUCCCUGAACCUCGUGUAAUGUGGGGGUCAGAUCCCUAUCCCCAUACAGAGCCUCAGCGGGCCACUACUCCCAAGGCAACAGAAGAACCUGAGGAUGCAAGGCCUGAAGCCCCAGUGGAUCAGGAACAGAUUACUGCUGCUUAUCCUGUAGAACACGGUCAAUUAGAGGUUCAUCCAAAAGCAGACUUUGUCAGAGAAUCAAGUGAGACAGAAGUACAAAAGUUUUUAAGCAGAUCUGUGGAAGACAUUAGAUCUCACCAUACUGACACAAACAGUCAGUCUGCUUGUUUUGAUGUACCUGAUCAAAAAACUGUAUCCACUCCUCAAGAAGAGCGGAUGUCAGCUGGAGAAAGUCAGCCUGCCCGGAAAAGAAGUGUUUCCCAUGGAUCUAACCAUACUCAAAAAUCAGAGGAGCAAAGAAAUGACCCAUCUGCAGGCAUUCCUAAAGUAACCAGCAGAUGCACUGAUUCAAAGGACCCAGUAGAAAGGACAGAGGAAAAGCCAAAGAAGGAUGGCUUUAUACGAUCUUCUGAGGGACCCAAACCUGAAAAACUGUAUAAAUCUAAAUCAGAAACUCGUUGGGGCCCAAGGCCAAGCUCCAACAGAAGAGAAGAAGGUAAUGAUAGGCCUGUGAGAAGAUCAGGUCCCAUUAAAAAACCUAUACUUAGGGAUAUGAAAGAGGAGCGUGAGCAGCGGAAGGAGAAGGAAGGGGAAAAGGGAGAAAAGGUCACUGAAAAAGUUGUAAAACCUGAAAAGACAGAAAAGAAAGAUCCUCUUGCUCCAGUCCCACCACCUGCAGCACCGGUUCAGCCGCAAUCAGUUCCACCACCACCUCAACCAGAACUGGAGAAAUUACCUUCAACAGAAACUUCAACUGUGGUUCAAAAGCCACCUCAAGAUGCUGAGAAGCCCUUGGAACCUUUAAGUAGUGUUGAGGUAGAGCCUGUGGCUAAAACUGUAAACCAGCAAACUGUCACAGCACCAGCAGUGAAAGAAGAAAAACAACCUGAGAAACUGGGUAGCAAAGAUCUUGUUUUAGAGAGGCCUCGACCAGAUUCAAGACCAGCAGUUAAAAAAGAAUCCACUUUACCCCCUCGGACCUAUUGGAAAGAAGCUAGAGAUAGAGAUUGGUUUCCAGAUCAAGGAUACAGAGGUCGAGGCCGGGGUGAAUACUAUUCCAGAGGCCGAAGCUAUAGAGGUUCUUACGGAGGGCGUGGCCGGGGUGGGAGGGGGCACACUCGAGACUAUCCUCAGUAUAGAGACAAUAAGCCACGGACAGAGCAUGUGCCCUCAGGACCUCUUCGACAGCGAGAAGAAAGUGAAACACGAAGUGAGAGCUCUGAUUUUGAAGUUGUUCCCAAAAGAAGACGACAGCGAGGUUCAGAGACUGACACAGACAGUGAAAUUCAUGAAAGUGCAAGUGAUAAGGAUAGUUUAAGCAAAGGUAAACUUCCCAAAAGAGAGGAAAGGUCUGAAAACAAAAAACCUAUAAAGCCUCAGUCUUCUUUCAAGCCUGAAAAUCACAUCCGAAUAGAUAAUAGACCUCUAGAAAAACCUUAUGCGAGGGAUGAUGAUAAAUCUAAACCAGGCUUCCUUCCUAAGGGAGAGCCUACACGGCGAGGCAGAGGGGGAACAUUCAGACGUGGUGGAAGGGAUCCUGGAGGCCGGCCAUCGCGCCCUUCCACCUUACGAAGACCUGCCUACAGGGACAAUCAGUGGAACCCAAGGCAGGCAGAAGCUCCUAAGCCAGACGAUGGAGAGCCACCAAGAAGACAUGAGCAAUUUAUUCCUAUACCAGUAGAUAAGCGACCUCCAAAAUUUGAGCGAAAAUUUGACCCAGCUAGAGAGAGGCCCCGACGACAACGUCCUACCCGACCACCAAGGCAAGAUAAGCCGCCUCGAUUUAGACGUCUCAGAGAGAGGGAGGCCGCUUCCAAAACCAACGAGGUGGCAGUGCCCACAAAUGGCACCGUUAAUAAUGUGGUUCAAGAACCGGUUAACCCUGCUGGGGAUAUUUCUGGGAAUAAGACGCCAGACUUAUCUAAUCAGAACUCUUCAGAUCAGGCAAAUGAAGAAUGGGAAACAGCUUCUGAAAGCAGUGAUUUCAACGAGAGACGUGAGAGAGAUGAAAAAAAAAAUGCUGAUUUGAAUGCACAAGCAGUUACAAAGGCCGGAGAGAAUGUUUUACCUCCAAAAAGGGAAAUAGCAAAGAGAAGUUUUUCUAGCCAGAGGCCUGGCGUAGAUCGCCAGAAUCGGCGUGGCAACAGUGGUCCACCCAAAUCCGGAAGGAAUUUCUCAGGUCCUAGAAAUGAAAGGAGAAGUGGUCCACCAUCAAAAAGUGGGAAGCGAGGGCCAUUUGAUGACCAGUCUGCAGGCACAGCUGUUGUUGAUCCUGUCAAUGGCAGCUCUGCACACCACCAGGAAGGAACACCUAAUGGUACAGGACAAAAGAACACCAAAGAUUCCACAGGGAAAAAAAGAGAGGACCCCAAAUCAGGCCCUAAAAAACCCAAAGAAAAAGUAGAUGCACUAUCACAGUUCGAUCUCAACAAUUAUGCAAGUGUUGUUAUAAUUGACGACCAUCCUGAAGUAACAGUAGUGGAAGACCCCCAGUCAAAUUUGAAUGAUGACGGUUUUACUGAGGUGGUUUCCAAAAAACAACAAAAACGUUUACAGGAUGAAGAACGUCGAAAGAAGGAAGAACAAAUCAUACAGGUCUGGAACAAAAAGAAUGCAAAUGAGAAAGGAAGAAGUCAGACUUCUAAGCUUCCUCCACGGUUUGCCAAAAAACAGGCUACAGGGACCCAGCAAGCACAGGCUCCAGCUCCAGCUCCAGCCUCGGUUCCAGGUCCAGCCUCAACCCCAGUCCCAGUUCCAGCCUCAGCCCCAGCUCCAGUCCUAACCUCAGCCUCAGCUCCACUCCCAGCCUCAGCCUCAACUCCAGUUGCACCCUCCACCUCAGCUGCAGCCUCAGUCUCUUCGUCUUCAGCUCCAGCUCCAACCCCCAUCCUUGCCUCAGCUUCAUCCCCAGCCUCUGUCCCCAUCCUUGCCUCAGCCUCAAUUCCCAUCCUUGCUUCAGCCCUAGCCCCAGCUUCAGCUUCAACUCCAGCCCCAGCCACCUCAGCCCCAGUAGCCCCCGCCUCAGCCCCAGCUGCCCCAGCCCCAGCCCCUACCCUAGUCCCUGCCCCGGCUUCAGCCCCGGCACUGGUCCCAGUCCCCACUCCAGCCCCCAGUGCACCAUCCCAGACUCAGGGACAGACUCAUAAACCAGUCCAGAGUCCGCUACAAACUACAACACAGUCUUCAAAACAGCCACCACCUUCAAUUAGACUGCCUUCAGCUCAGACACCUAAUGGCACAGAUUAUGUAGCCACAGGAAAGUCCAUCCAGACCUCACAGUCACAUGGCACACUUACAGCUGAAUUAUGGGAUAACAAGGUGGCCCCACCAGCUGUGCUGAAUGACAUUUCAAAGAAAUUAGGUCCCAUUAGUCCACCACAGCCACCUUCAGUCAGUGCGUGGAAUAAGCCGCUAACAUCGUUUGGAUCAGCUACUUCAUCAGAGGGAACAAAGAAUGGUCAAGAAAGUGGAGUUGAAAUUGGAAUUGACACAAUUCAGUUUGGUGCUCCAGCUUCAAAUGGGAAUGAAAAUGAAAUUGUGCCUGUACUUUCGGAAAAAACUACUGACAAGAUACCCGAACCUAAAGAACAACGGCAGAAGCAGCCACGGGCAGGCCCUAUCAAAGCCCAGAAGCUUCCAGAUUUGAGUCCACUAGAAAAUAAAGAACAUAAACCAGGUCCUAUUGGAAAAGAACGUUCAUUAAAAAAUAGAAAAGUAAAAGAUGCCCAACAGGUGGAGCCAGAAGGUCAAGAGAAACCAAGCCCCGCUACAGUCAGAAGUUCAGAUCCUGUGACAACAAAGGAAACCAAAGCAGUUGCGGAAAUGUCUACUGAAAUAGGAGCGAUGAUUUCCGUGUCGUCCACGGAAUACGGCGCUAACGUGAAGGAGUCUGUAACAGACUAUACUACACCUUCUUCUUCUCUGCCUAACACUGUGGCUACUAAUAAUGCAAAGAUGGAGGAUACUUUGGUUAAUAAUGUGCCCUUGCCCAACACCCUCCCCCUCCCUAAGAGGGAGACUAUACAACAGAGCUCCAGCCUAACUUCAGCUCCUCCCACUACUUUCAGCCUCACCUUCAAGAUGGAGUCUGCACGCAAGGCAUGGGAGAAUUCUCCAAAUGUGAGGGAGAAGGGAUCUCCAGUAACUUCCACAGCACCUCCAAUUGCAAGUGGAGUCAGCAGUAGUGCCGGUGGACCAAGCACUGCCAAUUACAGUUCAUUCUCAAGUGCAUCCAUGCCUCAGAUUCCUGUUGCUUCAGUCACUCCCACAACAUCACUAUCAGGAGCUGGUACAUACACUACCUCUUCUUUGAGUACAAAAUCUACAAGCACAUCAGAUCCUCCUAACAUUUGUAAAGUGAAGCCCCAGCAGUUACAGACGAGCAGCCUGCCGUCGGCGGGUCAUUUCUCACAGUUGAGCUGCGUGCCUUCCCUUAUUGCCCAGCAGCAGCAGCAGAGCCCGCAGGUCUACGUGUCCCAGUCGGCAGCAGCUCAAAUCCCUGCUUUCUAUAUGGACACAAGUCAUUUAUUCAAUACCCAACAUGCACGCUUGGCUCCACCAUCCUUGGCUCAACAACAAGGCUUCCAACCAGGUCUCUCUCAGCCAACUUCAGUUCAGCAGAUCCCGAUCCCCAUUUAUGCGCCGCUACAAGGACAGCACCAAGCCCAGCUGAGUCUGGGUGCUGGGCCUGCUGCGUCCCAGGCUCAAGAGUUAUUCACUUCUUCACUUCAGCCAUAUAGAUCUCAGCCAGCCUUUAUGCAAAGCAGUCUGUCCCAGCCAUCUGUGGUUCUUUCUGGUACCGCCAUCCACAACUUUCCAGCUGUCCAACACCAGGAACUUGCAAAGGCACAGUCAGGUCUUGCCUUUCAACAAACUUCAAAUACGCAGCCUAUUCCUAUAUUGUAUGAACAUCAGCUGGGUCAGGCAUCGGGACUAGGAGGUUCCCAACUAAUUGAUACACAUCUCCUCCAGGCUAGAGCAAAUCUUACCCAGGCUUCAAAUCUUUAUUCUGGACAAGUACAACAGCCUGGUCAGACAAAUUUUUAUAACACUGCCCAGUCACCAAGUGCUCUCCAGCAGGUAAACUAUGGCAUGGUUACAGUACCUUUACCAGCAUCCCAGCUUUCAUUACCUAAUUUUGGAUCUACAGGGCAGCCUUUAAUUGCUUUGCCUCAGACUCUUCAGCCCCCAUUACAGCAUACCACUCCACAAGCCCAGGCCCAGAGCCUGAGUCGUCCUGCACAAGUAAGCCAGCCUUUCAGAGGAUUAAUCCCUGCUGGAACACAGCAUAGCAUGAUUGCAACCACAGGAAAAAUGUCUGAAAUGGAACUGAAAGCCUUUGGAAGUGGCAUUGAUAUAAAACCAGGCACACCUCCAAUCAGCGGUAGAAGCACCACACCAACAUCUAGUCCCUUCCGGGCUACUUCCACAAGUCCGAACAGCCAGUCCAGCAAAAUGAACAGCAUUGUCUAUCAGAAGCAGUUCCAGUCAGCCCCUGCCACUGUGAGAAUGACACAACCAUUUCCUACACAGUUUGCACCCCAGAUUCUCUCUCAGCCUAACCUGGUCCCUCCAUUGGUAAGAGCCCCACAUACUAACACCUUCCCAGCGCCUGUUCAGAGGCCGCCAAUGGCACUGGCCAGUCAGAUGCCUCCUCCGCUGACCACAGGCCUCAUGAGCCAUGCUCGUUUGCCACAUGUAGCCAGGGGUCCUUGUGGAUCACUAUCUGGAGUCAGAGGUAAUCAGGCCCAGGCUGCGUUGAAGGCUGAACAAGACAUGAAGAAGAGAGCUGUGGGAAGAGGACUCAGCCACAAGACAUUUGGUCCUAGGUGUUGGUAAUGCCACAAUAUAAGUGCUUCCUUUUCGUUUUAUUGUAGACCACAUAUUGAUGACUAGAAGUUUUAAGUGUUACAUAUAUGUCUUCAAAUUUGCAAGCAGCCUCCCUAAAUAGAAUUUGAUAUCAGUAAGUCUUGUUCCGGAAAAGUUACAGACCAACGGCAAUUUCUGUCUUAUUAUUUUAUAAGAGGGCAAACUUUGAAAACGUGGUGGGAGGUGGUCCUGUUGUUUUCAAAUGUUUAAAAAAAAAAUCACAUGGAAUAUUUGCCAAGAUAGGAAGAAAUCUGUCCAUUAAAAGCUGAAAGAUCAUUGAGGUACUUUUGGUUUGGGCCAAACAUGUGGGGCAAACGGAUUUGUGGUUGGUGAAGAGUAAACGGAGAUGGACGGACAGACAGGCUUUGCUAAUGCUGCAACGUUCUCAGUCGUUGUUUCUCAUUUUUUAAGGCAAAGCAGAGAGCAGAGGUUCUUCAGUCCACGCAGCGGUUCUUCUCUGAACAACAACAGAGCAAACAGAUAGGAGGCAAAGCCCCGAAAGUGGACAGUGAUUCAAGUAAACCUCCUGAAACACUGACCGACCCUCCUGGUGUCUGUCAGGAAAAAGUAGAAGAAAAGCCACCCCCUGCACCCACCAUAGCCACCAAACCUGUUAGAACUGGACCAAUCAAACCUCAGGCGAUCAAAACGGAAGAAACAAAAUCUUAAAGGCUGUGGUUUAUUGCAGGGGGUUGGGGGAGGGGAGAGGGGCACAAGGGAGAAUGAGGUCGGAUAAUGCCGGCAGCCAAAGGGGUAAAGUGGUCUGUGACAUUAUCCUGUGCAGAGCUGGGAGGUGCGCAGGGGACACAGGAGCAAUUUACACUGAUACACAGCCGCUGCAGCAGUAAAAUGAGGCUUUGCCAGCUUGCACCUACUGUAUAAUGCGCACUCUGUUGAUGGCCGUGCAUCUUCAGUCAGAAUUUAUAUACAAAUACGUGCACACGUUCCUUGAGUGCAUAUCAUUUAGAGCUGAAAUCCUUAUGGUUAGAUGAAACACCAGAAAUAUGAGGAAAAUAACCCUGCCGAGGAAUAGCUGAGCCCAAACAGUGGUGAUUCCAGCUAAUAGAUCAGGUGUGGUUUCUUUGCUCCCUUAUGUUCUUUGGAUGUGAUUGUAGCAUUUGUGGGCUUGGUGGUCAAGAACUGAAGAUAACUGGUGCUGGAUAGAGGAGCCUUAUUUUUUAUUAUGGCAGCUUGCUAUUUUUGUAACAUUGUGAUUGAGUUGAACACAAUCAAAGUACAGUCACUGAUUCCCCCUUUUUCCUGGAUGAGUGAGCAGGUGAUGAAAUAUGCUGUCCACAUCCUUGGACAUGUCCAAAUGGACAGGGUUUGACUACUACUUCUGUUUGAAAUGAUGCUGUGUUUUGGUUGUGGCCCGAAGCUUUGAAGUGCUACUUGGCAUCUCCUUUCUUCCACGGAGUUGUCAUGUCUUCAAACAUGACAGAUUGGGUAAAAUACUAGUUAGGUUGAGUCUGGCUUGCCUCCACUCGUCAUCUUUGUAUGAAUCCAAUAGGCUUUUGUUUGUUUGUUUUUAACGGUUUUUAACUGACGUUCAUCAAGAGCAGUGAAUACCUAAAACUAUGCCCUUAAUGGAGGAAAUCCUAUCGAAGAAGGUGCAUUUCUUUACCAGAGCUGUGUCAUACCAUCCUUUGGGCCCUCUGCUGGAAAAGUAGAAUCAAGUCUCAAAUAAUGCCUUUUUAAUUGUAUCCUCUAGGAUUAUAGAUGUAGGACAGUACUGUAUCAUACCUCUGUGAAUGUAAAAUAUCUUGUACCUGCUUUAUGAUACGUAAUAGUGACCGUGCUUUAUCAGAGCUGUUUUUAAUGACGUUAUUCUAGAAUGUUUUCUUUCCAGAUGAUGAUUGAGAAGCUAAUAAAAAAAUGGUGCCAGGUGCCACAACAGUAACAGAACUUUGCUGUUUUCUGGGGUUUUGUUUUGUUUUUUACCUUUCCCCCCCCUUUUUUAUUAAUGGAGUGUGCUGGAUGUCUCUAUAAUUUUGUUCAGAUGACUGCAGAACCUGGAAAAGCUGUUGCUGCUAUUGAUGCAUAACAUACUGCUAUUGGUCUUUUUAUAUAAAUAAAUAAAUAUAUAUAUAUAUAUAUAUACAUACAUAUACAUAUAUAUAUAAAUAAUUUGAAUUUUUGGAAACUUUAGCUGUGCUGUCAACUUUGGAAAAAGUAUCCCAGUUGUACCGUGUUGGGUUGGCAUUGUACAGAAAUUAACAGCCAUAUUGGUCUAGAAAUGUUAAACAUAAUUUUUUCCAUUUGUACAGGGGUAACGCACUGUAUUAAAUAUGUAAGGUCUUAUCUACAUGGGUUUGAUUACAGAAACUAAUAAAGUAUUCUCUAAAUAAUGAA